AUGACUGUAUGCGUUAAUAUUACUGAAGCAGCUCAUGUCUAUAAUCAGCUUGGAAAAACUAGAAGAAAUAGGUAUCAGUCAUAUGGAUGGUGUUACAGACAAUUUUAUCGAAAUUCAAAAACUUCAAUACUUGUCUGCAAAGGCUGCCUUCUAGAUGACAUGAUUCAAGAAAUAUCCGAAACAACAACACUUGUUGAACUCAGUCUUAUUGAUUGCUUUGUGAGUGAAAACUGCGUGUACAAUCCUGUUGAUAUUUUUAAUCAAUUCGAAAAUUUAGAAUACAUCAACAUUAAUAAUGAAUGGGGCAUAAAGACCCCAAACGUACUCAAUAAUAUUUUGAAUUCAUCCAAGAAUAUAAUACAUUGCAAUAUUCUGUUGCAUCCAUAUUGGUAUGCACCUAAUAUUUUAAUUACAAAUUGGGAUAAUCUUAAAAACUUGGAACAUCUCGGUACUCGUUGGAGAAUUGAUGAUAACACAGCAAUGAAAUUGGUAAAAUAUUGCAAGAAUUUAAUGUCUGUAGAUCUUUGGAGUGAAGGAAUGAUAGGAACUGCUCUUCAAAAAUUGACCGAACUAAAAAAUCUCGAAUAUUUAUAUUAUUGUUUCGUGGAUGGGGUCAGGAAUGAAUCUAUAAAUACAAUAGUUACAAUUUCAAACUGGAAAAAACUUAAACAUCUAAUUUUAUUCAAUGAUGAGGGUUGUGAUGUUAUUGAUGAUAAUAUUAUUGGUCCAGCUCCUUCUGUAGUCAAUUUUGAUGAGUUGUCAAAAUUGCAAUAUCUUGAAUCUUUAAGCUUGUUUAAUAUGUAUAAUUUCCCAGAUAGCAGUAUUAUUGCUAUUGCUAAUUCAUGUAAAAAUCUACGAAAAUUAGAGAUGACUGCAUGCGUGAAUAUUACUGAAGCAGCUCUCAUGCCUAUAAUCAGCUUGGAAAAAUUAGAAGAAAUAAAUGUCAAUUAUAUGAAUGGUCUGACAGACAAUUUUAUCAGUAAAUUGAAAGGAUUAAAGAAAUUUGGAUGUGCAUGUUGUAAAAACAUCACUGAUGCUGGUAUAAUCGAAUUUAUAAAAAAUUGUCCAAAUCUUCACACUCUUUGUGUUUUCGGCUGUAACAUUACAAUUAAAACAUUUAUUGGCGCUGAUGAAAUAACCAAACAUCGUACAAAUAAUAUUGCUUUGGGUAUCUCCUAUGAAGAUUUUGCAGAAGCUUCAACAUUAAAAAUUGAAUCUAACUGGUUAUUUAUUUGUCCCAAAGUUAGGGAAAAUGUCAAAUAA